AAAGGAGCCGCCGCGGCGUGCGCGAGGCCCCUGCCCACGUACCAUUGGGCUGCAGCGUGGGGGGGUCCAGGCAGCGGGUCGAGCGAGCGGAACCAACUGUAUUCCUGCUGGAGGGGUUGACCUGGAUUGAGGUUCUUGCACCAACCCGUUUGGGUCCUGCGGCAGCUGAAGGGCAUAUUUAAGACAAAAAUGGCGAUUGUAAAGAACUUGGGCAGAACCCUUAGUCAGUUGCUGCAGAGCCCCGGUUGUGGAUGUCAGACUUCCAUUGUGCCAGUUAGAUGUAUUGGUGUCUCACCACGUCAGGUGACCUCAGAUGCCAGCUUCCAUUCAGUAUCUUUUUCAGAGACUGAUCAUCCUCGAGUAUUAAUUACAGGGGGCCUGGGCCAACUUGGGGUGGGACUCGCUAAACUCUUGAGGAAGCGUUUCGGAAGAAACAACGUGAUCCUGUCUGACAUUAGAAAACCACCAGAUGAUGUCUUUUAUAAUGGUCCUUUUAUCUACUCUGAUAUCUUGGACUACAAGAAUCUCUGUGAGAUAGUGGUGAACAAUCGAAUUACUUGGCUGUUUCAUUAUAGUGCUUUGCUCAGUGCUGUUGGAGAAGCAAAUGUUCCUUUGGCCAGAGCGGUAAACAUUACUGGUUUGCACAACAUUCUAGAUAUUGCAGCUGAGCACAGUUUGAGACUCUUUGUCCCUAGCACAAUUGGAGCCUUUGGACCCACCUCUCCUCGAAACCCAGCUCCAGACCUCUGCAUUCAGAGACCCAGGACAAUCUAUGGAGUCUCCAAGGUUCAUGCUGAGCUCAUGGGAGAAUACUACCACUACAGGUAUGGGCUAGACUUCCGAUGUCUGAGGUAUCCUGGAAUUAUCUCUGCUGACUCUCAGCCUGGUGGGGGAACAACUGACUAUGCAGUCCAGAUUUUCCAUGAUGCCAUAAAGAAUGGCAAAUUCCAGUGCAACUUAAAAUCAGAUACACGCCUCCCAAUGAUGUAUAUUGAUGACUGCCUGAAGGCUACACUAGAUGUCAUGGAAGCACCUGCCGCUUCACUUAGCAUGAGGACUUACAACAUCAGUGCCAUGAGCUUCUCUCCUGAGGAGCUGGUGCAAGAGGUCAAGAAGCAUAUUCCUGAGCUCCAGGUGACCUACACUGUGGAUGCUGUCAGGCAAGCCAUUGCUGACAGUUGGCCGAUGAACUUUGAUGACAGCAAUGCCCGGCGGGAUUGGGGAUGGAAACAUGACUUUGAUCUUUCUGAACUGGUGACCACAAUGUUUAACAUCCUUGGCUCUGACUCCCGGGUAGCCCAGAUUAACUGAAACUCCUUUUAAAACAUGGUUUCCAAACUCCGACAGAGGACCAGGGAGAAACUGCAGAAUUAGUUCAUUGUGCUCUAAGUCUUAUAGCAGGUAAAUUAUAAACUUUCCAUAUGUUGCAAUAGAGUUGGGGUUGAAGUACUAUAGUUUGAAUUCAGUGUGUUUAUUUGAGACCGUACCAAAUUAUUUAGCAAAACUACAGCACGAUUAAAUGAGAAACAUAUAUAGAAUUCUUGAAUUUUAGCAUUUAAGAAGCUAGAAAAAAAAUCUCUUACUACAGGGCUGGUAAUCUAUCCAUUCAUUCCAAUGCCUGAGUAUCUUUCUGAAAACAACACAUAGCAACAUUACAAAGCCUUGUGCUUAGACACAUACUGAAGAAUUGACAAAUUUUACAUUAAUUUUCAUUUCCUGAGUGGCGGUAGCUAAUUGUGGAUUGUAGGAAGAUGGGAUUGUCCCUUCUUUCUCCCACCAACCAUUAAAAAUAAAAUGGCUCUUUUGAUCGCUUAAACUUGGCAAUGGUCAUUAAAGUUAUUCAUUUAAAAAGGAAACCAUUUAGUUAAUAGCUCAACUUUGCAGGUUUACAUAGCACUAUAGCUAGCUAUAAUUUGUUUACAGAUGAGAUUCAGAAUGUUUGUAGCAUUACUUUUAUGUCCAUACAUGUAAAGGAAAACGAGACUUGAAUUCAUUAUGCUUUUAAAAAUACAGUGUUUUCAAAACAAGCUUUUUCGUGUAUGUAGAAAUUCUGUUGACUUCAGUUUCAUUGUGAAGAUGAAUUUGGGACACUAAAAUCUAUGUUGCAUAUCUGAAUCUAUAACUAUCCUGUUUAAAGUAGGCAAUUCCCAGGAAUGAGUUCACCUUGAAUUAGCACCAUACCUGGCCUGUUUCCAGUGCCAUUUACUACACCAUUGUGAUCAUAUACCUCAGAGAGCAGGUUUUUAAAGGUAGGUUGAGACUUGAGUCAGUUGUAAAGCUGAGCCAGUCUUGAAAAUACCUGUUCUGUUCACUUCACAUUGUGCGCUAUGUAUGUGUGUAUUGGUAGAUGCUAUUUAUGUGUAGGUAUAAUAAAUCUGUAUGCUUCAGAGGAGUGGAAUCCAGAAGCUGAGACUGUACCAGCAUGUCUUUAUUUUACAAAUUGAAGAAAUGGAGCCAAAGGCAGCCUUCUACUUUAUCUGAAUCCAAUACUUGAAAGUACAAGUUUUCUCUAGUUGCUGAGUUAUGUGAAAGGUUGAAUGUUUGUUCGUAAUUAAUGGGACUGAGUUGAGUGAUGUCCCAUAAUCUAUAUAAAGAGUGGGCGGAGUGUACGACCUCACCUUGCCACCAAAUUCUAGCUACAGUUGGUAAGGGCUAUCCUACUUCUUUAGUUUCAUACAUAGGAGAUUCUGGGACUGAUGCAUGAGUUUUAAUGGGGGCAGAAGGUUAAGGCCCACUUCUGAGGCUUGUUAGCUUGGUCUUUCCUGACACUAAGAACUCAGGUUCCUCAUGCAGGACACAUGUUUCUUUGGGCUUUGUCGACCUUUUUUUUUACGGGAGAAAACUUUGUGUUACUAUAGGUGACUCUGUGCUCCUCUCCUUUCCUCUUGCUCUUUGUUACACAUAAGAGAGAACUGACCUAGUUUAACAGUAGUUAGUGCUAGACUUCUGGAGGCCACUUAAACCUGAACGCACAAAAGGAGUCGGGCAUCAAUGCAAUGCAAAGAACUCCCCACUGAAUCCUGUAGGUGCCUAAACUCACUUGGCACCCAAGUGUUUGCAGUAAAAGUUCCCUAGAUGUCUGUGUUUCUGCCUCCAUCUCCUGCCUAAGCCCUAGAGCAGUUCACAAUCCAGGGGAAGGUGGGCAUUUGCUCACGUAAGUUGCAUAUGUGGCCUGAGCUGGUAAGCUCAAACAACUCAGGAAGAGUGGAAGAGCAUGCAUGCAUGAGACUGACUCUGUUGCCUGGUGAUUAGAGCACUCAGAUGAGUGGUAGGAGAACCAGGAAACUGUCCCUCACUCUCCAAUUACUCUAGUUUAUCUAGAGUGCAACAGCUUCAAGGGAGACUGAGAGCGCCCCUCGUCAGAAUAUCCAAUAGCCCAAUAGUUAGGCAGAUCUCAGUUCAAAUCCCUUCUCCUCAUCAGAUGGAGGAGUGUCUCCUACAUCCCAGUGAAAACUUUUAGCUCAGUGGUUAGAGUAAUGAUUCAUA